CAACGACUAAACACCGUCAACUGUUCACGAAUAUUGAUUCACUAACGUACCUGUUCUCUUAAGGUAAGAUUGUGCGGUUUUCAUACGUGUAAAUAACUCGCGAGGAACCCGUUUAAACACAUUCUCUGAAAUAUUUGACAAACAUUUACACGAGUCAGUGAUCAGUGUGAUCUGUCAUGAUCCAGAUUCUCAAGAGUGUUUAUUAUAUAGUUACUGACACACGACAGAAGUCCGCGCCUUUCCGUGUCAUAUCUCAGUCAGUGGUGUUCUGCUGACAGGACUAUGCAGUGUGUGACAGAGACACGCAGUGUGUCAUGCGGAGAAGAUAUCACGAGCUGCACACUACAACAACAUCAGUCUCUACACAACAACACUACUGAGGGUGUUAAGAAAGCAAUAAUGAAGUCAAAGAAAGAGCCAAAGAAAAGCAAGAAGAAGAGGAAGGAGAGACGUGCCGCAGGAUGCUCAGACAGUCUGAUGUCAGAACUUCCCUUCUCAAACACAGAGAUCUGGACGGAGCUGGGCUUUACCGGCUCGAAAUCAAGUGUGAAGCUGAAGCGUAAGAGAGGAGAGAGCGGACGAGUCGAGAGCGAGGAAGAUGGAGAUAAGAAGAAGAAGAAGCAGGCGCUUCGUCCAAACUACUUUGUCUCGGUGCCGAUCACCAACCCAAAGAUCAAAGAGGCGGUGGAGGAAGUGCAGAAGCUGGUUCUGGAGAGAGAUGCGCGUCUGUCUCGAGCUCUCAUACCUGUGAACACUAUUCACAUCACUCUUCUGGUGACACACCUGAGUACACAACAACAGCUUGAAGUUGCUGUGUCUGCGCUGUGUGAUCUGCAGGACUCUCUGAACACACUGUUGGAGGGCAGGAGUCUCGUUCUACCCUUCUGUGGUGUGGGACACUUUAAACAGGAAGUGGCAUUUGUUCAGAUCGCAGGAGGAGAUCAUCUGAGCACACUCACACACAUGGCAGAGCGAGUGAGGAAGGCGUUUGAGGAGAGAGGCAUCGCGUCUGCUGAUGAUAAAGCAUUCAAACCUCAUCUGACGUUUCUGAAACUCUCACGAGCGCCCAAACUACGCAAGCAGGGAGUUAAGAAGCUCAGUCCCACGCUGCUGUCAGACUUUGAGAGUCGUGUUUUUGGAGACGAAUGUGUGUGUAGAGUGGACCUGUGCUCCAUGCUGAAGAAAAAGUCUGCAGAUGGAUAUUAUCACUGUGAGAAGAGCGUCACAUUCAGUGUUAAGAAAGCGCCGGAUGAUGAUGAGUUAGUGAGUCUGAGUAAGCGUCUGGUUGAAGAUGCCGUGUUGCGGGCCGUGCAGCAGUAUACGGAGGAAACUCAACACAAUGGCGCGGUGCCAAAAGACGAGGGUCCACCUGGACCCACCGACACUCUGAGCAACACUAAGUGACCCCGUGACCCUCAUCCUGUACCCUGACCCGACCGCUGCGACACGCCUGCCAGGGGGCGUCACACGACGGCAGAUAGCGUUAAGACUUGAUCUGUGGAGUGAAGUGUUGAAGAUGUGAGUUGUUGAGAUGCUCACGGGGACGUGAACUGAUGAUGAUGAUGUGUUGGCUGUUUCCUUUUUCGAAAUCCCUCUCCUGCCCUACAUUAAUGAAAACACACACACUUUAAUGAUCAUCUCAGCUGUUCUCUCUCUGUGCAGAUGUACUGCAGACGUGAAGCUCACGUGUUCUUCAUUCACACAGAACAUGUGGACAUGUACGGGACACCAGACCUUGUGUGAUUAGUGUGACAUUAACGGACGGCGCUUGUGUUUGUGUUUCAGGCCCACUCGACUCACAGAGCGUCCGCUUGUGGAAGAGAGUUCAGGACAUUAAGACUCUGUUAACACAAGCACACAUUCAAGCUAACAUCAUACAAGAGCUCACGCUGAACUACACACACACACAAACACACACACACAGACAGCAGGAGAGACGAGCACUUGACAUGAAGUUACUCUGAUUUCUGAAUAUUACAGUAAAUAUGAGUUUGAUUUGUAUAAUGUUUCAGAUGAGCACUUCCGCAGUGGCCUUACAGACCCUCAUGUGUCAUCGCUGAUGUUUCAUUGAUAUUUUCACCAAAACCUUAAAAUCUCUCUUUUAUGUCUGUAAUGUCAUCUUUUUGUUCUGUUAACCCAUUUUGAUGAUGUCGUAUGAAAUACUUUGGGCCACGAUGAAUCAGGGAUGAUUCAAUAAAACACUAUGUCUACGAUGUCAUAAAUGUCACCCGUCACUUUUCUAUGCUCAAAAUAAAUGACACUCAGUGAAAAUGA